AUGCCUCGUCUUGGAGAGGGAGAAAAGUCGAUAGUUCGCAAUGUUUACGCCUUCUUUCAGUUGGAGAAGUCAGGUGGUCGUCGUGAUCGUGGUGCUGCAAAAUCACUGGCCGUCCGAACAGCCAUGGCGUGCAAGAUUACAACGUCGACUGUCAACAAUCUUCGUCGAGUAUCUGGUACGAAGCAGGGUAAAGCUACGAAGCGUGGCCGCCCUAAAGUUGUUGUGGACGAGUUCACGAGAAGCGUCAUCCAGGGGAAAGUCCAUGUAUUCUACUCCAGGCGCGAUCACCCCACUGUGGACAAAGUGCUUGCUCUGUGCAAGGAAGACGAAGACUUUCCAAAAAUGUCACGGACGACAUUCUGGAGAGUUCUGAAGUCGAUAGGCUUUCACUAUGUGCAGACGAAGGGGAACACUCAGAUAAUGAUGGAGCGGACUGAUAUUGUUGCUUGGCGUCAUCGCUUCCUGCGUCGGAUCAGGGAAAUUCGUCGGGGAGGCAGACCAAUUGUUUACCUGGAUGAAACCUGGAUCAAUGCCCAUCAUACUGUUUCUAGGAAAUGGUAUCUGAAAGGUGCAGGAGGUUACAAGCAACCCCAUGAAGCUCCGUCUGGGAAGGGCAAGUGUCUCAUUAUCUUGCAGGCUGGUGCGGUCAUUGUCAUGGACAAUGCACCCUACCAUACGGCGAAGACGCAGGCAUCCAAGUGCCCCACCACAUCGUGGUGGAAAGCGGAGAUCCAAGAGUGGUUGAGCCAGCGUGCUUUCCAUUGGACUCCGGACAUGGUAAAGAAGGAGCUUCUUGAUUUAGUUAUGUUGAAUAAGCCUAGUCCAAAAUAUGUGUGCGAUGAGGAAGCUGAAAAGCAAGGGAUUGAAGUCCUUCGCCUUCCUCCUUAUCAUUGCAUUUUCAAUCCUAUUGAGUUGGUAUGGGCACGGCUUAAGACGAAAGUAGCCAAUAUCAACUCUACGUACAAGAUAGGUGACGUACAGGAGCAUGUUCAUAGUGUGUUUGCAAGUCUGAAACCUGAAUUGUGGUCGAGUUGUUGUACACAUUGCGACAAACUUGUUGAUCAAGCAUGGGUUAAUGACGGUUUGCAAGAUGAGAUGAUAGAUCAGAUCAUCAUUGAACCAGGUGAUAGUGACGACGGUGAUUAG